UUUAGGAAUGGUUACACUUGGCCAUUUUCUAGAGUGACAGUAGGAGUGAGUCAAGUUUUUGGCGCCGUUGCUGGGGACGGCUAGGUUGUUGAAGAAACGUGAAUUCUGAUAAUUUUGCUUUUCUUUUCGCAUUGUUUGCUUUGUCCCACUUGUGCCUUCACGGGUUUGCUUGCUUGACUGUGUGCAGAUAGUGCAUGACCCGUAGCCAGUCGGGAGGUUUACUGCCGUUGAAUCCGGAGCUUGAACGCACCUGUCGCCAACUCAGGAGACAACAGCGAGCUAGACUGGCUACGGAGGAGCGCAUAGACGGCCAUUUGAGCAGCGAGUUCGAGGACGAGUACGAGAUGGAAGGAGAUUACAAUCCACACCAGGGGAAUCCUCACCAGGUUCCCCCGGCGAAUCAGGUCUUGGGGAACAACCCCAUACCCCAGGCAGAUGGGGUUCAUCAUCAUCCACCGCCGCCGGGUCCCACCUUGGAGUACUACUACACUCCACGGAUUGCUGACAUCCUCCCGGUCAUCCUCUACCCGCCUUCCAGCGAACAACUUCGAGAUCAAGCCAUGGUGGAUUCAACUCAUUACAUCCUCUAUCCAGUUCCAUGGCUUGAAGGAUGAGGAGGCAAGGGUGCAUCUUUCCCAUUUUCUGCAGCUGAUGAACGGGUUCAAACUAAACGGUGUCCCUGAUG